AAUUCAUUAAAAUCAAAUCUGUACCUUGCGAUGCCUUCUACAUCAAGUCACAAAUUGACCGAGUGGCAGAAAUUGAUGGGGAACUCAGCAUUAGAAAAGAUAAUAUACUAUUUGUUGAUGACACUAUGUUUAAGGGAAUUUUAGGUGUAUGGAGAGCAUGGACUGUUGAUUCUGUUGGUCACAAACGAGAAUGCGGACAACUUCCAAGCAAAUUCAUGUUGGAACAAGAAAUCAUGAGAAAGCGUAGCAUCAACGAUGGACUAGCUGAGGAUGAACUACGGAAUGCUUCCUCAAGAAGGGGAUCUGCGUCAGCAAGGAGAAGUUUCUUUCGAAGAAAAAAACACCAGAGAAAUAAUUCAAAAGACAGUCGGGAGUUGAGUUCUGUGGAUGGUACUAGCGGUGAUAGUGUGCCUAUCCAAGAAGAUUUCAUAAUACCUACAUAUCAACGAGUUGAAAGGCUUGAUUAUAAAGUGAAACGUCCAGUUCUGCUUAUUGGAGCCUUUGUGGAUCCUGUAAUAGAAAAAUUGGUAUUGGAAUCACCGAAUAAAUUCUGCCGUUGCAUCCCAGGUGAGUUACGAGAUUGCCACUGUAUUUUAGAUGUCUGUCCUUCAUCCAUCGAGAGACUCCACAGAUAUCACUUUUAUCCAAUUGUUAUUUUUAUGAAACACAAGUCUGCCAAGCAAAUCAAAGAGCAAAAAGAUCCACGGUUCUUGACUGAAAAGUUAACAAUGAAGCAAGCCAAGGAAAUAUUUGAGAAUACAACUAGAAUUGAGAAUGAAUACAGACAUUUAUUUACAGCCGUUGUUCAUGGACCAAGUCUAGCCAGACUCUGCUGUAGAAUUAAGCAGGUGGUAGACCAAGAACAAGCCAAGAUACUCUGGGUCCCGACUAGCAAAAGUCUUUAAGAAAACUUACAGUAUCCAUAUUUUCAUGAUAGUCUGCACAUGUUUUGCUGACAUUUCAACACAUAAAUUAAUGACAGGUGAACUUUUGCUGUGAAAACUUAAUGACAUCAUCAGCAUAAAAUGAUGACAUCACUACUUUUUGUGUAAUAUAGAAUUAGUCCAGACAAACUUGUAUGUUCAACAUUUUAUAGUCAAAUCAUGUUUUGAGGCAUCCUGGCAAGAUAGCAGCAAGAAAAAUUUGCAAAAUCUUGAAGUAUCGGUAGAUUAAUUUUAGAAUACUAUUUAAAAAAGCAUGUAAUUGAUAACGCUUUUUCUGUAAUAUUUUUUUCAGCAUUUUAUGUAGACUUUUCUUUGAGUGCUGCUGGCAGCUCUUGUUAAAGGAUAGAUUUUAAAUGUAGUGACAGCUGAUUGGUCAAUAUAGUUAAUAAGUAAUAUUAUCACAUUGAUUUUAGUCUUAUAUUGCAAGGCAAAUUUUAGCGUAUCCAAAGCAAUAAGACUCCAUCAUCAGAGUUUGGUGGUUUUGCAGAAAAUAAAUACAAUGUAAAUGUGAUUUUGAUAAAGCAGGUGUCAAAACAAGUAUUAAAAGCAAGUGUCUCGUCUUCUUAGAGUUUAUAGCAGUAAGAAAUCGAUGAUAUAUGGCGAGGAGGUAGAUACAAUGAGGGAAACAGUUUUAGAGAAGUUUUAUGUAUUUUUUUGAUUAAUUGAUUUGAUGUUAUUAUUCUGAAAUCUGAUUUUAACAGCAAAACCUGAUGAAGAACGUAUCAUAUUUUCACUUUGCGGGAAAGUAUUUGCAAACUUCAUACUGUACUUUCAUAAUUAUUGGUAUCUUCUACUUCUACACUGAGACUGGACAUUCCUUAGUUUGUUUUGAAUCACUUGGAGAAAUUUGAAUGCUGUUAUAAACUGUAAGUUACUGGUAUUGUAUUGAUGGCUGACUAAACUCAUCAUAGAUACUAUGAUUAUGUUUGCACUAUGACAACCGCAUUACAUCUAAAACUUGAAACAUUUACUCCAGUGCAAUUUUUUUACCAUUUCCUGAAUUCCAUAGCAAACUUUUUAUAACAUCUUUGAACAAAUUCCACCUGCAAUUAUUGGUCAGAAAUCACAGUAAAUGCUGUUCAAAUUGUUAAUGCACUUGUCAGUAUUUCCACCAGAGACUACAAGUAUUCACUUACCAAGUAAUUUAAAAACUUAUACAUGUCACAUAUUGUGUUGUACAAUUUUAUCACUUUAUUGAAAUUGAAGAUGUACGGACUUACCUUUUUUAAAAUUUGGAAUCAGUUAUACUUCAGUAUUUAAACAAAUAAGUAUGGUUCCAGUUCUAUGUUUGUAUAUAUUGUCGCUAAGUUUUAAGCAAAUCUUUUAGGUGUCUUUUUUUUUCUCAUCGGCAUGCUCUUUUUACUUGUCUGUGUUAUGGAUUUCAAUCAGAAUGUAAGGUCAUAGGUCACCUCCAGUUAUUCAUCCGUGGAAUGCUAUAAACUGAAAUUUGCGCCAUCGUCAUUUUUUCUUAUUUGAGAGAAUUUGAAACAUUAUCAUGAAAGUCGGUAUGGCAUCAAUUCACUAUUUUCUUACUCACAAAGACCUGUCUCUUGCAACAUUAAUAAAGUGGUUACUGUAUGCAU